GACAUGUGGUCCGACCUUUCUCCACCAGCCUCAAGCCGAGUGGCCAACUGAUCCUGCUGUAAGUUACACACCUACACCAGCUGAAGAAAUACGUGAUACCAUCUUCUGUGGUAAUAUCACAGUAAGCAGCCUUCCAGUCCCAGAUGUAACUCAGGUGAACUCAUGGUCAGAACUGGUAGGUGCCACAUUCCAGUCCCUACACGGGGCGGCUGCUCCUCCCAUGACUGCAGCCGACAGAGUCAAUACAGAAGUUGUCAUCUUGAAGAGAGCACAACAGGAGUGUUUCCCGGCGGAGUUUACUGCCCUGCAAGCUGGUAAACCUCUCAGCUCUAAUAGCAGCUUGCUGUCUCUAUCCCCUGUCUACGACGAAAAUGUGGAGUUGAUAAGGGUCGGAGGUCGACUUCGAAAGGCAGAGAAUCUAGGGGAGGACACCAUCCAUCCUAUCAUCCUGGCACCAAACCACCAUGUCACGCGGUUGCUCAUACAGGAUUAUGAUAACCGGUUGCUUCAUGCAGGUCCUGACCGUGUAUUUGCAGAAAUAAGGAGGACAUACUGGAUUAUUCGUGGACGUCAAGCUGUCAAGAAACAUCAGCAUAGCUGCACAGAGUGCCGCAAAUGGCGCAGCAAACCUGUCAUUCCCCAGAUGGCCGACCUGCCAGUUGCACGGUUGCGCAUCAACCAACCGCCAUACUGGUCUACCGGCGUGGAUUGUUUCGGCCCGUACACCAUCAAAAUAGGCCGCAGACAUGAGAAGAGGUGGGGUAUUGUCUUUAAAUGCCUCACCACUCGGUGUGUGCAUCUGGACCUUUUGUGCUGCAUGGACACUGACUCCUUUUUGCUCGCCUUACGGCGCUUUGUGGCAAGAAGAGGGAAGCCGUUUGAGAUUCUCUGUGACCGAGGCACUAAUUUCCGCGGAGGAGACAGAGAGCUGCAAGAAGCCUUCGCCGCACUUGAGCCAUCACUAAAGGAUCAGCUUGCUGAGCAGAGCAUCAACUUCCGAUUCAAUCCACCAUUAGCACCUCAUUUUGGCGGUGUUUGGGAGAGAGAAAUCAAAUCUGUUAAAGCAUCCCUGCAAGUAGUCUUGAAAGACCAAGUGCUCCCAGAGGAAGUCCUCAUGACGGUCCUGAUAGAAGUUGAGGGGAUUCUUAACUCAAAGCCCCUUGGUUAUGCUACGUCAGACAUCGCAGAUCCUGACCCCAUAACGCCAAAUCUCCUACUCAUGGGGCGGCGGGAUGCAUCACUACCACAAGUCGUGUAUCACAACAGUGACCUGCUUGGACGUCGUCGCUGGAAACACAGCCAGGUGCUGGCAGAUCACUUCUGGCUCCAGUUCACAAGGAACUAUCUCCCCAACCUUCAACAUCGUCGGAAGUGGCAUAGUUCUACUGUGGACCUCACUCCAGAUCAGGUGGUCAUGAUCAUUGACCCACAGCUGCCAAGAGCACUGUGGCCAGUUGGACGAGUCACCAAAGUGAUCCCCAGUGAUGACGGCCGGAUACGCACAGCUGAGGUGAACAUUAAAGGGUCUACAUACACACGGCCAGUGGCUAAACUCAUCCCCCUGCCAGAAAUGCCAGAGGACUGAGACUGAUCUUACAACACAGCAGGGACCUUUGUGAAACUGCAAAUUCACUAGGUGAAUUUGGGGGCGGCUGUGCAAACUUCCCUGCUCUGCCGUGUACGGGAAGAGCCGAUCGCAACCGGAAGGACCCGAGUUGUCCCGAAGGAACGUCAGAACCGUCCCGACGGUAGCUAAGUUACCCGUCGCGUGCUGCACACCUCCUUCUCUGUUACGAGAGCGUUGAGCAGAGCCAAAUAACUUGUGUCCGUUGUGCGUGAGUGCAGAGAAACCACAACAAGACACAUCCUGUACGUUGUUCAUGUGAGGAAUUAAUAAAGAAGGAAAACAUAAUUCUCUGGAGUAGCUGCAGUUUUUCUUACCGGAAACUAAGGCCAGACUGUGUACGCCAGCAUCCAAA